UCACUCUAUUUCUAGAGGAGCGGCAGAGGGUGGGAUGCACAGACAGCUGACGUCUUCAGUAUCCGCAUAUUUCAGUCAAUUUUCCCCUUUCAGUCUUCUUAGACAAAAGUAUCUGGAUGCUGCCGGUUGAUUUAUGCAUCUCUUAACAGUUGCCAGUUAAGACCGGGUUCGGCGUAUUCGGAAGAAUUUAGAGAAGUUGUUUUUCUCUCGAUCGAAUCACUGUACAUUACCGCUCUAUCUAGUGUCAGAAAUGGACGAAAAGGUGUUUACGAAGGAAAUUGAUUUGUGGAUUGAACAACUCAACGAAUGCAAACAGUUGUCAGAGAACCAAGUCAAAACACUUUGUGAGAAGGCUAAGGAGAUCCUGACCAAGGAGUGCAACGUGCAGGAGGUCCGAUGUCCGGUCACGGUGUGCGGGGACGUCCACGGCCAGUUCCAUGACCUGAUGGAGCUGUUCCGGAUCGGGGGGAAAUCCCCUGACACCAAUUACCUCUUCAUGGGGGACUACGUGGACCGGGGGUACUACUCUGUGGAGACGGUCACACUCCUGGUGGCUCUCAAGGUGAGGUACAGGGAGCGCAUCACGAUCCUGCGGGGGAACCACGAGUCGCGUCAGAUCACGCAGGUGUACGGCUUCUACGACGAGUGCCUGAGGAAGUACGGCAACGCCAGCGUGUGGAAGUACUUCACCGACCUGUUUGACUACCUGCCCCUCACCGCCCUCGUAGACACGCAGAUCUUCUGUCUCCAUGGAGGUCUGUCCCCGUCCAUAGACACGCUGGAUCACAUCCGAGCCCUGGACCGCCUCCAGGAAGUCCCGCACGAGGGCCCCAUGUGUGACCUGCUGUGGUCUGACCCAGAUGACCGGGGCGGCUGGGGCAUCUCUCCCCGGGGGGCAGGCUACACCUUCGGCCAGGACAUCUCCGAGACCUUCAACCACGCCAACCGGCUCACCCUAGUGUCCCGCGCCCACCAGCUGGUCAUGGAGGGUUACAACUGGUGUCACGAGAGGAACGUGGUCACGAUUUUCAGCGCCCCCAACUACUGUUAUCGCUGCGGUAACCAGGCUGCUAUUAUGGAACUGGAUGACACCCUCAAAUACUCUUUCCUGCAGUUCGACCCUGCUCCUCGUAGAGGAGAACCCCACGUCACCCGACGAACCCCGGACUACUUCCUGUAAACUCAUACUACUUCCUGUGUGCCCAUACUACUUCCUGUAAAACCCGGACUACUUCCUGUAUGCCCACACUACUCCCUGUAAACACUCCCCUGGUUUGUAUAGUCCCCUAUCUCCACAAUGUCCUCCAGUACCUUCAGCAUCCUGACACCCAGGACGUCCAGCCUGGGCGACACCGUAACCGUGACAACGUACAAAAUCUACGAUUCACACCAAGAGGCUGUUUAGAAGCCGAAUGAAAGCCCCUGUGCACAUGGACCAAAGGGUGUGUGCCAUAUUGACUGUUGAGAUGGUGAAGACUCCUGGUGAAGAACACCACGGUGGAGAUGUAAACAAUUAUUUCACAGCUUCCUGUGCUGGUCUUCUUGGUCCAUCCCAAGAUGAGAAAGCACAAUUGAAGCUAUCCAACUGUUUCUAUCCAAUGUACCAUUGCUUUUAAAUCCCUUCAUUUUCAGAUUCUCUAAAUCUGAGAGAUGAGUUUUAUUUUUUAAGCGGAAGCAUUGUAAUAUAAGUCAGAAGAAGCUGGAGACUUUCAUACCAAAAGGUUUUCUUUGUUGUCUUUUAUUUUGAGUGACUCAAACUAUUUUUAUUCAGGGUCUUGUCAAAUGCACUACACAUACACUAUCUUCUGAUAUAUACCGGACAGCAAAUAUAUAUUCCAUGGUUGAAAUCACACUCACUUCCUCAUCUUAGAUGACGAUGUCUGUAUUGACGGAUCCAAAAUAAAAAUAAAUGCUCCUUUACCAAG